AUGGAAGAUAAGGACACCACAUCGGUAAAUGAGAAGGAAGUGAACGAGAACACUAAUCCUAGAAUCAUAAAAUAUGAUGCCGAAAGACGUGCAACUCGUACUGAAACCUCAAAGAAAGAUAAAUGGAAAAACAUAGUUACAAUCAUUGCGUCCGGUUUCGCUCUAAUAAGUGAUGGUUAUGUGAAUGGUUCAAUGAGUAUGUUGAAUAAGGUAUUCGCUAUGGAGUACGGUAAGAAAAAUUAUAGCUCAAAAGUGUCAACUAGAGUUUCCAACGCAGCUUUAGUUGGUAUUAUUUUUGGUCAAUUUUUUAUGGGUAUCGCUGCUGAUUAUUAUAGUAGAAAAUCAUGUAUCCUUGUAGCUACGGCUAUCUUGGUUAUUGGUAGCGCUCUGUGUGCUGCUUCUCAUGGUACUACUGUUCCUGGUAUGUUUUGGAUGUUAACAGUUAUGAGAGGUUUAGUAGGUAUCGGCGUUGGUGCAGAAUAUCCUACUAGUACAUUAAGUGCUAAUGAGUCUGCUAAUGAAUAUACCACAACCAAAAGAGGCGGUAUCCUAGUUAUGGUAACAAAUCUACCACUAGCCUUCGGCGGUCCAUUUGCUACCAUCAUCUUUUUAAUUGUCUACAAAAUCUGUUCAGGAACGAAACAUUUAGAGGCGAUCUGGAGGACCGUUUUUGCCAUAGGUUGCUUCUGGCCAUUGAGUGUGUUCUAUUUCAGAUGGAAGACUGCCACUACAGAAGUGUAUGAAAAAGGUAGAAUCAGAAGAAAUAUACCAUAUUUUCUAGCAUUGAAAUUUUAUUGGAAAAGGUUACUCGGUACAUGUGGUACCUGGUUUAUGUAUGAUUUUGUCACCUUCCCAAAUGGUAUUUUCAGUUCUACAAUUAUUAGUUCCGUUAUCAAGGAUCAAAAUAAUUUAGUAAAAGUGGCAGAGUGGAAUUUAUUACUGGGUGUUCUAGCUGUACUGGGUGUUCCAAUUGGUGCCUAUCUGUCUGAUCGUAUUGGUCGUAAAUAUACAUUGAUGUUUGGUUUCUCUGGAUAUAUCAUCUUUGGCCUAAUCAUAGGUUGUGCGUACGACCAAUUAAAAAAAAUUACUCCCUUGUUUAUUAUCUUCUAUGCUUUCAUGAAUAUGUUAGGCAAUGCCGGACCAGGUGAUAUGCUUGGUGUUAUUAGCAGUGAGGCGUCAGCCACCGCUGUUAGAGGUGUUUUCUACGGCUUAUCUGCUGUGACUGGUAAAAUUGGUUCUGUAGUGGGUGUCGAAUGUUUCCAACCCAUCAGAGAUAAUUUGGGUGCAAGAUGGACUUUUAUUAUUGCUGCAAUUUGUGGUCUUAUUGGUGUUAUCAUUACGUAUUUCUUUGUUCCACAUUCGCUUGAAAGUGAUUUAAUGAAACAAGACGUUGAAUUUCACAACUAUUUGGUAUCCAAUGGCUGGACUGGUAAGAUGGGUUUUGAUGAGACAGAUGAAGAGUCAAUCGUUAGAACUAUUGAAGUUGAAGACAAUUUUACUGAUUGUAGUAAGAAGAACGCUGAGAUAAUCUCAGUUAAACAAAUCGAUCAAAGUUGA